GUCCUCCUCCUCGCACACAUCGCGCACCUCGCCAGCACUUCAAUCCUCCACCGCACCGCUCCGUACAUCGUCGUUGAUCCUGAUCUAUAGGAGAAGAAGCUAUGGACAAAUCGGCGGCGGUGAAAGAGUACCCGACGAGGGUAGAAGACUACGAUCUGCAGGAAGACUGCGGUCGAGGGGAAGGCGCGAUCGUGUACAGAGCUCUGUGCCUUCCACUGAACGAGGCCGUAGCCGUUAAGGUGAUAGAUUUGGAGAGUUGCAGUAGCAAUCUUGAUGACAUACGGAAAGAAACGCAGACCAUGAGACUGAUAGAUCAUCCUAACGUUGUGAAAGCCCACUGCUCGUUCGUGGAAGGCCAUUACUUGUGGGUGGUAAUGCCCUUCUUGUCAGGGGGGUCGUGUCUGCAGGUGAUGAAGGCGGGUUUUCGAGAUGGCUUCGACGAGGCGGUGAUUGCCACCAUUCUCAAGGAAACGCUCAAGGCGCUGGACUACCUGCACAAGAAGGGACUUAUCCACAGAGACGUGAAGGCUGGGAACAUACUGAUCGAUGGCAAUGGCGCCGUCAAGCUGGCAGAUUUCGGCGUGUCGGCCUACAUGCUAGACAGCACAGGUACAAAGCUGAAGCCCAGGCAGACGUUUGUGGGCACCCCUUGUUGGAUGGCCCCGGAGGUGAUGGAGCAAAGACAGGGGUACGACUUCAAGGCCGAUAUUUGGUCCUUCGGCAUCACGGCCAUUGAGCUGGCCAGGGGACGGGCGCCGCUAGCCAUGUUCCCAGCCAUCAAGAUUCUGCUGAUGACUCUGGAACACGAGCCGCCCACCCUGGAUGAUGACGAUGAGAGGAAGUACAGCAAGGCUUUCAAGGAGAUGGUAGCCAGCUGCCUAGUCAAGGACCCGCAGAAAAGGCCCACGGCCGAGAAACUCCUCAAGAACCCUUUCUUCAAACAAGCCCGUUCCGCGGACUACCUGGUCCGUCAUGUGCUGCAAGCUGUCCCUCCUUUCUCCCUGCGAUCGAUGAGCACAACGACGCUCAAGGCCCCCCCGCCCAAGGACGCAGGCUGCACUGCCGACCCGAACCAGAAAGCCAAACGGGACAGCAUGGCGACCAAGAUGGAGUGCAAGAACUGGAAUUUCGACCUGCCGCCUUCCACAAGCUCCUCUGCCAAUCAGAAGUCUCCGAUCUCCUUGUCACCCCCCAGCCCCCGGGGACGAGACGCGACCAACGCCACCAGUAGUGGCACCCCGAGGGGUGGUAGUAGCGGUAGAACGACGACGACGACCGGUAGCAAUUCUGCCAAUCAGUGCGACUGCGGAGGCAGUGGCAUCAUAAGCAGGAAUGGCAGCAGCAGUACCACAAGCAGUACUACAACGAAUCCGUGCAAUGUUUGUGGCAGAAGUCGUAGUCGGGCUGGCCUUGCUGCCAGUGGUGCUGGUGGUGGUCCCCCGGAGUAUGGUACCGCUGCUGGUGCUGGUCAUGAUGCCGCUAAUUGUGGUGGUGCUGGUGCGGGCACUGGUACGCGCGCUCCUGCUGCUGCUGCUGAUGGUUACAGUGGUAGAGUCGCUACGACCGGUAGCGGUAGUGGUAGCUGCAGUAGUUGCACGACCUACGGUAGUUGCAGGAGCUGCAGUAAGAGUAGUGACUGCAGCAGCGGCAGCACCAACAGCAGGGAGAAGAUUGAUAAGUCGCCGGCGCCUUCGCCUCGGCGGGAUCAGGGAGCUCCGAUGAGUCUCAGCGUUCCUAAGCACGGCGGUCACCGAAAUCCCUCUCCUGCUCCUGGUCCUUCUUCUGUCGUUUCCGAUGGACUUAACUCCAACUGUGAUUCUCGCCCUAGUUCUGCUCGAGGGCAAAACAAAGGGGAGAAGCGUAUUUCCUCAGGCGGAGGGAGGGGACUAAGCAGGAGAGGAAGUCUAUAGUGAGAGUGAGAUGACCGACGAUAUCUUUCUUACAGUCUUACAGCAUCGUCAGUUUGACAUUCUGAACGGAUCUGCGGGGUCUAAUGCACCGAGUGGCAGAGCGGCAGAGUGGCAGAGUGGUGAGGCGGAGAGGACUCAGGUUUCUGGCGUACUCACAAUUGGCACUAUUUUAGUAAAUGUUAUCUGCCUGGCCACACCCGUAUGCACCUGGCUGCAAUUCCGUCCAGAUAUAAGUAAAACAGAGCUAGUGUG